CAUGUCCAAGCUUGUCACGGCAACUCUCCUGUCCUGGGAUUUGUUGUCUGUGGUCAUCAUCCUGGAUCUAGUCUGCACAGAAUCUAGCAAAAACAUCCCAGCAAUUAUUCCUAAAAAUGAAACUGCUACUCUGGGGGAAAAUGUGACUUUGCAGUGUGAUGGACUGGCAAAUGCUGUCAUCUGGAAAAGUGAAACACUGUCGUUCACUACUUUUUCUCAUAGAUUCUGGAAGAAUGAAACUACUUUCAACAACCUUACAUCAGAAAGGAUGUCUAUUGACCCUGUUAAUCCGCUUGUGUUGAAGAUUCAUAAUGUUCAGCUAACUGACACAGGGAACUACAGCUGUAUUAUAACAGGGGAUCGGGGUGUACGGACAACUAAGUGGAGUUUGACCAUCACUGAUCCUAAAGGGUCUGCUGGACAGGAUUUACUCUAUAUAAGGCCUGCUGCUGUAAUUGGAAGUGCUCUUUGCAUAUUCAUCUGCUGUGUAGUCUGGUGGUAUAGCAGGAAACGACAACAGGACCAGGGUGUAGGUCUCCAGGAUACAGAAGUAGAGUUUCAGCAGGUUUACGGAGAUCUUUUUCAUCUGGAUGAGGCGGGAGGCAUGAUAAAAACUGUAAUUACUUUAAGUGAAAAGAAUUAAUAAAUAGAAUGAAAUGUCCUUUCUUAUCUUUUGUUCUGCUCUCACCUCUCAUCUCUGUGUCUACGUUCUCCCUAUAACCAUUUCUCCUACAGGACAAACAUUUUUAAUUUAACAACCCCUCUGGCAUUAACAAGCAUGUAACUAUCCACAGUAGUCAACAUCCCAGCUGGAAAAUCUUGGUGGAAUGACAUUUUGUAAUAAUGUUUAAUGAUAAUGUUGGACUUUAUAGUGGUUGUGUAUGGGCAAUUUGCAUGUUUUUGAUACUCAAAAGUAUUCACCCGCUUUGGAUAUUUUAUUAUAUUACAACAUGAAAUCAAGAUAUAUUUAAUUGGGAGUUGGUGCCACUGAUCAACACGAAUAUAGCCCAUACUGUCAAUGCAAAAAAUAAAAUAUCCAAAUUGUUCUAAUUAAUUACAAAUACAAAAUAGAAAAUAAUAGAUUUUCCAAGUAGCCACCCCUUGGUCAAAACUCUACUAUCUUUGUACAUCUGCACAUAACAAUGUUGUAUCUUUGCCCAUUCUUUUUUCAAAAUUGAUCAAGCUGCAUCAAGUUAGAUUUAGGAAGUUGGAUCAAGGACAAGCAAUUUUCAACUUUUUCCACAUUUUCUCAAUUGGAUUUUGUUCCAGGUUUUGAAUGGAACAUUUCUGUCACGGUUCGGUGAGCAGCAACGGUUCCGUGCACUCUCAUACGUAUGAACACAUCCCGGACUUGUUUUGUGUCACAUUUAAUCACUGUUCACACCAGGGGCCUGUUGCACA